AUGUCCUACUAUCCACCCUACCAAGGAGGCUCUGGCUAUCCCCCGCAACAGCCUCCGCCUCCCAACUACGGCGGCUCCCCGCAACCCUACCCACCACCGAUGCACCAGCAACAGCAACCCAACUACGGUGGCUAUCCGGGCCAAUCCUACCACCAACAGCCUCAUGGCCCCCCGCCACCCAACCCGUACGGCUACAGUCACUCGCCGCAGCCGCCUCAGCCCUAUGGAGCUCCUGCCCCACCGCACGGAUACAAUGGCCCCCCGCCCUCCGGAUACCCUCCCCAGCCGCCUCCCGGUGGCCCGCCCAUGUAUCAGGGACAGGGACGACCCCCAUCGAGCCCCUAUCCCCCUCAAGGCCAUGGUCCCCCUCAAGGCCACGGCGGCCGUCCCGCGGCCCCGCCGAGCCAACCUGUCUCCUUCGGUCACGGUGCUCCGCAGGGCUACAGCUUCCAGUACUCGCGCUGCACGGGUAAGCGAAAGGCACUGCUGGUUGGCAUCAACUAUUUCGGACAGAAGGGUCAGCUGCGCGGGUGUAUCAACGAUGUCAAGAACAUGUCGGCCUACCUCAACCAGAACUUCGGCUACGCCCGGGAAGACAUGGUCAUCCUGACCGACGACCAGCAGAACCCCAUGAGCCAGCCGACCAAGGCGAACAUUCUGCGGGCCAUGCACUGGCUCGUCAAAGACGCGCGGCCCAAUGAUUCGCUCUUCUUCCACUACUCCGGACACGGCGGCCAGACGCCCGAUCUCGAUGGCGACGAAGACGACGGAUACGACGAGGUGAUCUACCCCGUGGAUUUCCGGGUGGCCGGCCACAUCGUCGACGACGAGAUGCACCGGAUUAUGGUCAAGUCGCUGCAGCCUGGUGUGCGACUGACGGCGAUCUUCGACUCGUGCCAUUCCGGCUCUGCGCUGGAUCUUCCGUAUAUCUACUCCACCUCCGGCGUGCUCAAGGAGCCCAACCUGGCCAAGGAGGCCGGUCAGGGUUUGCUGGGUGUGGUCUCAGCGUAUGCGCGCGGUGAUAUGGGAAGCGUGAUGUCCAACGCUAUGGGGUUCAUCAAGAAGGCUACCAAGGGCGACGAGGCCUAUGAGCGCACGAAGCAGACCAAGACCAGCCCCGCGGACGUGAUCAUGUGGUCCGGCAGCAAAGACGACCAGACCAGUCAGGACGCACAGAUUUCCGGCCAGGCCACCGGCGCCAUGUCGUGGGCGUUUAUUGCCGCUCUGCGCAAGAACCCGCAGCAGAGCUAUGUGCAGCUGCUCAACAGUAUCCGUGACGAACUCGCUGCAAAGUACAGCCAGAAGCCGCAGUUGAGCUGUAGCCAUCCUCUUGAUACCAACCUUCUUUAUGUGAUGUAA